AUGUGGUUGUUGCUCACACUGUUUCAUGCAAACGCGAUAUUUGCACGCGAUUGGCCGACCUCAGACGUUCUUUUCGUAGUUGAUAGUACAUCAAAUGUUGGUGCUUUCAACUUUGAGCUCGUCAAAAAAUUCAUGCGAUCUGUCGUCGCAAAUAUGCAUAUAAGCAGUACGGGCACACGAGUUGGUUUGGCCGAAUACACGCCAAAAGCGAAUUUUUUAUUCACGCUGAUUUCUGGGAUCAAUAAGGAUGAACUUGAUCGACGCAUCAACACAAUCUCAUAUUCGCCAUGCGAGCAAAAUUGCUAUCCUCUUGCGACGAUUAACAGUCUCGCUAAGGCUGGCCUAAGCAUAGCCUCAGGAAAUCGACCACUUGUUCCGGAUGUUAUGAUUAUAAUCUCAUCCAGUUCGUACGAAUUACCCGAAUUGGGUAUUCGAGAAACCCUAAUGAAACCGAUAUCACCAAUAUUCGUGUUUUCAAUUAAUGUGGGCGCACUAGAUGCAGUCACGUCAUCCACUGACUCUUAUGCAUCUUCGGCUACAACAAUUAGAUUCUCA